AUGUGGAUCAAGCAGCAGCAGCAGGGGCUGAGCUCCGGCAGUCGCGGGGGGCAGGCGGAGAAGCUGGGAGCGCUCAGUGAGGCAGAGGGCUCAGGUAGCCGAGGAGGAGGCUGGACGCAGCGGCCGUUGGCGGAGGAACCGAUCGCCGUAGCCUGGCCACGAUGGGCGAACUCCAGGCUGGGGGACGAGGGUGGUUUCCGGCGGCUGGCCGGGCCCGAGCGCGCCCAACCUGGGGGUGGCGGAGGAGCUCGGCUCUCGUGCCCGGCGCCCGGCGACCCUCGCCCGCUCACCCCGGGCGCGCAGGGGCUGAAGAACCACGGCAACACGUGCUUCCUGAACGCCGUCGUGCAGUGCCUGAGCCACACCGAACUGCUCGCCACUUUCCUCCUGCUGGCCUUGCCCGACCAGCAAGGGCCGGCCGGACCUGGAUCCGGAACCGCCUCCGGCGAGGUCACCCAGCACUUGGCGGCACUGGUGCGGGCGCUCUGGACCUUGGAGUACACGCCGCAGCUCUCCGCGGAUUUCAAGAAUGUCGUCUCUAAGUAUGGUGCUCAGUUUCGUGGAAACUCACAACAUGAUGCUCUGGAGUUCCUCCUAUGGCUGCUGGACCACAUGCAUGAGGACCUGUGUUCUGUGUCUCUUAAUCAGAAAGGGAAGGCAUCUGGAAAGCCUCCACCUGGACAGGAGGAGAGCAGUAGCAGCAGGAGCGCCCAGCCAGCUAUCCAGCCUCUCAAGGGUCAGAGUUUUGUACAGAACCACUUCCAGGCCCAGUACAGGUCCUCCUUGACCUGCCCUCACUGCCUAAAGCAGAGCAACACCUUUGACCCCUUCCUGUGCAUCUCACUACCCAUCCCCUUGCGUCAAACCAGACCCUUGAAUGUCACUCUCGUCUUCCAAUCCAAGAGCCAGCGAUUUGUGCGUGUGGGCCUGGCUGUGCCUCUCUUCAGCAAGGUGACAAAGUUCAGAGAAAUGGUGGCAGAGGAAGGCAAGAUUUCACCUGACCAGGUGAUUCUGGCAGAGCUGAGCCAGUCUGGGUUCCAGUGUUCCUUCUCAGAUGAUGAGGAUCUGACCACCAUCUCCGAGGGUGACAACAUCUAUGCCUUUCAGGCUCCACUCUCCUUUAACCGGGCCAGCUCUUCCCACCUUUCAGAUUGUCGCCACAGCCUCCCAUCUUCUCCCAACGCUUCUGAGCCAGAAGGCCAGCAGUUGGCUCAUAAUGGGGCCAUUUCAUCAGAGUUUUUACACCAUGGGUACGUCUUUUAG